UUGCACGUUAGUUAAGUUCAAGUGCUGACAAGUCCGUUGACCUUUGAUCUGACUCAUCGAUGAAAAAGUCCAGACAGCCGUUAAAUAAAAGUGCAUGCAGGAUUACUCUCGGCAAACCUGCUGCACGCGCGAACAUAUAUGCAUACAUAUAUACACACACAGAGGACCCACAAUUUGCAGUGAGGGCUGACAAGCUACAGUCUCUGUAGCCAAUCGAUUCCGUCCAGCCUCCUCUUCAUCUUCCCAUCAUGUCCGUGUGUGUGUGGCUGGCAGUCCGCUUCAUCCAACAUGGCCGCUCCUGUUCUGAGCUGGGGAACAAAACCCGCUGCCAGAUAAGCCAGAGAUAUUUUUAGUGUCGGAAUAGUUCUUGCGCAGUAGCAUCCCUGCAGUAGUUUCCCCUUCAUACCUCCAGGGGAUGGAAAUUUUCCUCGGCGAGAUCACAGCCAAGGACGUACCAUUGAUCGCGGGUUGGGAACAUGGCGGACGAGUGCAGUGGUUACCAAGGUGCCCCAACGUUACGUCACGUGCCGAGGGAGGCAGAGGACAGCAAAGUGUCAAACCUGUGAGGGGUUGUCGGUCAAUCGGUCAGAUAAAGCAAACGAUUAGCUAGAAUACGAAAGAUAACGAAGUCAGAGGGGAAAACUGCGAUCAGCCAUGUGGUUGUGACGGACUCUGCCAACUACACACGCUUACACCAUGGAGACCGCUGCCAGCGUGGAUGACGAGGACGGAACUGUCGCUAAUUACGACAACUGCCACGACAACACCGUCCGCAUUCUCGUUGGAAAUGUAGGACAUGUGUUUGUUGUCAGUAGGAGGAAGCUAUGUCAUGUCUCCCCGGUUUUCCAGGCUAUGCUGUCCGGCGGAUGGAGAGAAUCCAGCGGAGAAAUUUGCAUCACAGACACUGAUCCCUUGGUCUUUGGAGGCUUCGUCAACUUCAUCAAUGCCAGAGCUGUGAGUCUAACGGACGACACGGUGUGGGAAAUGCUGAAGCUGGCUGACAAGUAUCAGGUGGAACACCUGGUUUUUUUCUGCUUUCGCUACCUUCUGACACGUCACGAGUGCUGCGACCAGUACCCUCACCUGGUCUCCGUGAUGGAGACGGCCCACCGCACUCACCGGGAGGAGUACCGGAAGUGCUGCCUGACGUGCGUGAAGGAGAGAGCCAUGGACGUGCUGCGGGACCGACAUUGCCUCUCUGAACUCUGCCAGGAGUGCAUGCUGACCUUGGUCAAGGCCGGCAAUCUAGAAGUGUCGGAUGAAUCCGUGGUGCACGAGGCGGUCCAUUCGAUGGGCCAGGCUGGCGUGCCGGCGGAGGGGCAUCAAGAAAGCUCGCUGGGAGGACAUGAGGGCGGAGGCUGGGGAGCUGGUGGGCUUUGUGCGCUACCUGGUCAUCCGUCAGCCAACCCGCGACGCCAUCUUGACCGGUGACCGCGAUAACAGCCUGCUGACCGGCCAGGAGAAGAGGGACCUACUGUACGCCCGCGACCCCACCAGCGACCGCUACAACGGCGAUCUCUUUCCGCCAGACGUGCAGGACGAGCGGGAGGUCAAGGGGGCGAGUGACCUCACUACCCGACGCGCUCGCUUCGCAUCCCCUGCUGUCGGCCAGGUCGUGAACUGCAAAACCGUUGUUCUGUCCCUCGUUUUCUUCUUCAUGUUACCGGCUAUCGUCGUCAUCUGCGUCCUCCUCUCCCUCAUCUUGCUGAUGGCGGCACCGUGCCUGAUGGUCUGCGGCAGCCUCAGGGGCUGGGCCGCCACCACAGAGGUAGGGGCUGCGUACAGGGAAGCUGUGGUGUGUUUUCACCCGGCUGUCUGCCAGAGACUCCGACCUGGAUUCCGAUGUCGACAAUGAUCUAUUUAUAGUCUAGCUCUGUUCUCUGGGAUUUCUGAUAUUCUCUCGCUCUCUUUCUCAAGGACCCGUGUGAUCUGUGGGGCAAGGGGAAGAGAUGGGGCAGUGGAGGGACUACAAAAUAAAAUAGUGUCUUACCGCAUUUAACUGCUGCUCAUACCGCUCACAUUCAGCAACAGUUCUCGUGAUAUGUUGCUAAAUGUAUUGAAUGCAAUGAAAUUGUUUCAUUGAUGAUUAUCAGUUAUGCGAUAUUUA